UCCUACAAUCACGCGUGCGUGAUUGCGCGGUGCGCGAUGCGUGAUGCGUGAUCGCGCAAAAGUUGAAACCACGAAAAACUAUGUAAGUGUUUAUUAAUAAUUCACGCGCGUGAAUAUUCGCGCGCGCGAUUGUCGAUCACGCACUCCAGUCACGCAGCUGUCGCCACGAAGUCAACUUCUGCGUGAAACGCAUUGCGGGAUUUCAUUUAUUUUAAUAUAUUAUUUAAUUAUUAUUUAAUAUAAUAUUAUUGUAUUAUAUGUUUUAUUUGAUUUUAUCAAUAUCAAGUCAAAUCAAACGGCAGGUAGAAGUAAGUAAGAAUAAUUUUCAAAUAUAAGCUGCUAUAUAAAUAACAAAUAAUUUUUUUUUUGUAAAUUAUUACAAUUUUCAAUGUUUUUUUUUAAAUUAGUUUUGGUGAACUAUGGAGUCGAGGGCAUUUAAUGUUAUGGAUGACGAAAAACUCAUAGAAGUUGUUCGUAAUUAUCCUGUAAUUUAUAAAUUGAGUGACAAAAAUUAUAAGGAUAAUUGCAUUAAAGAUAAUGUUUGGAAAGAAAUUUCACAGUCUAUUGGAAAAAACGUAAAUGAUUGUAAGACAAGAUGGCGCACAAUAAGAGAUUCAUAUAAAAAAAAUUUAAAGAAACGAAGAUUAGGUACCGGUUCAGCAGCUACAACAAAAUCGAAGUACAAUGACGAUUCAUUAAGUUUUUUAGAUAACAUCGAAAACGAAAGAAGAACUACAUCGAACAUUUCAGUAGAAAAAAAAGCCUGCAAUGACAACACAAACUACUCAGAAAUGGCCGUAAAUGAUAGUUUUGACCAAACUGAAGAAAUCGAGCCAGAGAAGGAACUGUUACUUAAAAGUUCUGAACCAUUAUUAGAUAUGCCCAUUGAUGACAAACUACCAAAUACAGAAAUAAACCAUAGUUUGAUAGAUUCAUUUACAAAACCGUGCGAAAAAAAAACAACACGAAGAGCUCAAGAUAAAAUAUUAGAUGAAAUUAAAAAAGGACGAGAGGAGCGAUUGGCAGCGUUAAGAGAAAUGAAACAACAAGAAUCUAUUGAUCCAAUUCAAACUUUUUUUAAAAGUAUGGCGUCAACGGUUUCAAUGUUUCCUCCAGAAUCAGUUGUGGAAGCCAAAAUGAGGAUAUUUAACAUUGUUUCCGAAAUGGAAUUACGCUUAUUAAAAACAAAGGCUACCACGAGUACACCACCUGUAGAAACAAUGACAUCAACAUCAACAUUUUCAUCGAAUCUGCAAGUUCCUACAAUACUUGCCGAUGAAUCUUCGUGUUCCACUACGAUGUCAAGUGUUUCGGACAUUUCAAAUCCUACUCCAUCUGCGAAGUCCAAUUUUUCUUAUUUAAAAUAUCUCGAAGAAUAUUAAUUUUUUUAUUUUUAUUAAGCAAGUUUAACAUUUUUCAUGCACAGUUUUAUUUUAUUUUAUUUUGAAAAAAAAUUAUUUUUUGAUAUUUUAUAGUUUGAAAAUUACCAGAUUGGUACGAAGUUAGUAUAUAUAUUAUUUUAUUUUAUUAAAAUGAAAUCUCCAUAUAACAUUGGUGUAAAUUUAAAUAUUUAUUAUUUUUUGUUGCUUUAUUUUAAUUACUAUUAACGCUCAGUGGUUAGGACUUAGGUUAGAUAUAUUCCAAGUUCUAAAUAAAUAAUAUGUAUGUAUUUUUUAAAUGAAUCAUUCUAUCAAUAUCAGAAUAAUAUAAUUGAAAUGGAAAAUUACCCAAAUAUUUAUUGUCACUUUCUUAUUU